AUGGAGGAACUGUCGGACGUGGAAAAGUCGCUUUACCUCGCCAUGAACGAGUUGAAUGUCCAGAAACUGGAGGACUACAAUCAUAGUUUUGACCAACUGCACAAAAACGAACGUGGUGUGGUAACUGUGAAGGAGCUGGGCUCCAUGAUACGUUCUAUGGGCGUAGACCCAACAGACGCAGAGCUGGAAGACAUAUUCAACGCCUCCGACGUGGAUGGCAACGGCGAGAUCGACUUCAAGGAGUUCUGCUACAUAAUGGCGCUUUAUGAGCACGAGGAGCGGAACGAGAACCUUCAGGUAUUCAAGAUGUUCGACAAAGACGGUGACGGUUACAUAACCGAAGAGGAUCUUCUGAAACUGUUGGAGCACACGGACUUGUCCAACGAUGUUCUGGCCGUGAGAAAGCUAUUGGACUCUGAGAAAGAUGGCCGGAUAAGUUGUGAACAAUUUUUGGCCAUGAUGACCAUGAGCUCCCAGUAUCCUCAACCAAACCACAAUUCCUAA